GAGUGCGGACUGAUUCUUUCCCGCGAGCCCUAGAUCCAUCGCAGCCUCGCUCACUGCGCCGCCGUCGCCGUCGCCGCCGCCUCCGCCCGCAAGGAACACCGGACACCAACUCGCCGGCGGCGAGUAGGUUAUAAUAUAAAUGGAGAGGGUACUCAAGGAUGAUGCCGUCGAGGAGAAGGGCGAGCGUGCCAGGAUGGCCGCUUUUGUUGGUGCCAUGGCUAUUGCAGACUUGGUCAAGACCACAUUGGGACCUAAAGGAAUGGACAAGAUCUUGCAAUCAACUGGCAGAGGGAGGAGCGUGACUGUUACGAAUGACGGGGCUACGAUUUUGAAAUCCCUUCAUAUAGACAGCCCUGCUGCGAAGGUCCUUGUUGAUAUCUCAAAAGUUCAAGAUGACGAAGUUGGUGAUGGAACAACCUCUGUGGUUGUUUUGGCUGGAGAACUUUUGAGGGAGGCUGAAAAGUUGGUUAACAUGAAAAUUCAUCCGAUGACUAUAAUUGCAGGUUACAGAAUGGCUGUUGAGUGUGCUAGAAACGCUUUGCUGGAGAGGACCAUGGAUAACAAAGAAAAUAUAGAUAAGUUCAAAUCAGAUCUCAUGAACAUUGCCAUGACUACACUUAGUUCAAAAAUCCUCUCUCAGGACAAGGAGUACUUUGCUGAACUUGCUGUUGAUGCUGUCCUAAGGCUUAAGGGUAGCACAAACUUGGAAGCAAUUCAAAUUCUGAAGAAACCUGGAGGAUCCCUCAAGGACUCCUUUUUGGAUGAAGGUUUCAUUCUUGACAAGAAAAUUGGCCUUGGGCAACCAAAGCGAAUUGAGAAUGCUAAAAUUUUGGUUGCAAACACAGCUAUGGACACAGACAAAGUCAAGAUAUAUGGCGCGCGUGUCCGAGUAGACUCGAUGGCUAAGGUUGCAGAAAUUGAAGCUGCCGAAAAGCAGAAGAUGAGAGAGAAAGUUCAGAAAAUCAUUGGUCAUGGAAUUAACUGCUUUGUUAACAGGCAGUUGAUCUAUAACUUCCCUGAGGAACUUUUUGCUGAUGCUGGCAUACUUGCAAUUGAGCACGCUGACUUUGAGGGCAUUGAACGGCUAGCUCUUGUCACUGGCGGUGAUAUUGCAUCAACUUUUGACAACCCAGAGUCUGUUAAGCUUGGGCAUUGCAAGGUCAUUGAAGAGAUUAUGAUAGGGGAGGACAAACUUAUUCACUUCUCUGGUGUCGAGAUGGGCCAGGCUUGCACCAUUGUUCUAAGAGGAGCAAGUGAGCAUGUGCUUGAUGAGGCCGAGAGGUCCUUGCAUGAUGCCUUGUGUGUGCUUUCCCAGACAGUGAAUGAUACCCGUGUCUUAUUCGGGGGUGGUUGGCCAGAGAUGGUGAUGGCCAAAGCCGUGGAUGAUCUUGCAAGGAAGACCCCUGGGAAGAAAUCUCAUGCUAUCGAUGCUUUCUCGCGUGCCUUGCAAGCCAUCCCAACAAUCAUAGCUGACAAUGCUGGUCUGGAUAGCGCUGAGCUCAUCUCUCAGCUCCGAGCUGAGCACCACAAGGAGAACUGCACUGCCGGAAUUGAUGUCAUCACAGGCAGCGUCGGAGACAUGCAAAAGCGGGGCAUAUCCGAGGCGUUCAAGGUGAAGCAAGCCAUCCUCCUCUCGGCCACCGAGGCGGCCGAGAUGAUUCUCAGGGUGGAUGAGAUCAUAACCUGUGCCCCGCGCAGGAGAGAGGACAGGAUGUGAUCACACCCAAACACUUUAUGUAGGAUCGAUCACGUUUUGCAUACCAAGUUUUGCCAGGUUUCACGACUAGUCAAGUGAUUCCAUCUUUGAGUGUUGUUGACCCAUAAGAAACUGGAGUGGAGAUGGCUUCAAUUUUUAUCGAACCAGCUAAUGCCAUACCAGGCUUCUGUUGUGACGUGUGUAGUAUAUGGUGCCGUGGCUGCUGUAUUUGCUAGGGUGAUUGGGGAACAUGCCAUUUCUAUCCACCCUGUUUCAAGGGAUUUUUUGACGAAUUAUAUUGAAUUCCACCGAGUUUUGUAGGUUAAGGUAUCGAUAAUUGCGCAAUAAUCGAGUGGUCAUGAUCACUCUUGCUGGCCCGUGAAAUUGGCAGCUGAAACCUGUUUAUCAU